GCAGCCAUACAAUAGAAUAAAGAAGAAGGCGAUUUAUCCUCAUCCGCUGGUUUAUCAGACGUGUGCUUGCUAAAAAUGGCCGCAGAGCAGCAGAAUGAAGUGAAAAUACCGCAAAUGGAGGAAAAUAAGAAGAACAGCAUCGAUGGGAGUUUAGGCCUGGAGAUCCUGCAGAUCAUUAAGGACUCUCAGCAGCAGCAUGGACUCAGACAUGGGGAUUACCAGCGCUACAGGGGUUAUUGCUCCAGACGAUUGCGUCGAUUGAGAAAGACUCUGGGCUUUAAAAUGGGCAACAGACACAAGUUUACUGGGAAGAAAGUGACUGUGGAGUUGCUUUCAGACAACAGACAUCUGUUAUUAGUGUUAAUGGAAGCAGAAAGAGCAUGGAGUUAUGCCAUGCAGCUUAAACAGGAAGCGAACACUGAGCCCCGAAAGCGUUUCCACCUGUUGGCUCGCCUGCGAAAGGCAGCCAAACAUGGGGAGCAGCUAGAGAAGUUGUGUGAGAGUCCCCGUGUGGAUGCCAAGACCAAACUAGAAGCUCAGGCAUACACUGCUUAUCUGAACGGCAUGGUUCAGUUUGAACUGCAGGAAUGGAAAUCUGCAAUGGAGGCCUUCAACAAGUGCAAGACCAUCUAUGAGAAACUGGCAAGUGCUUUUACUGAGGAGCAAGCAGUGCUUUAUCAUCAGAGAGUGGAAGAGAUUUCACCUAACAUCCGAUACUGUGCAUAUAACAUUGGUGACCAGAAUGCUAUAAACGACCUCAUGCAGAUGAGACUGAGUGCAGGAGGAGGGGGUGGCAUGAUGGCUGAAAAAUUGGAGGCGCUGAUUACUCAGACGAGAGCUAAGCAGGCAGCUGUGAUGAGUGAGGUUGAGUGGAGAGGCCGUACAGUGCCUGUCAGAAUUGACAAGGCCAGAAUCUUCCUGCUGGGUCUGGCAGACAAUGAAGCUGCUAUUAUACAGGCAGAUAAUGAAGAGACAAAGGAGCGCCUCUAUGAGAGCCUGCUGGCGGAGUGUAGAGACACCAUCCAAGCUGUCAGAGAGGAGCUCAGGACUGAUGUGAAGCAGAGAGAGAGAGCAGCAGAAGGUGCCGAUAGUGGCAAGGUGUCUAAUCUGCAAUACCUGCACAGCUACCUGACAUAUAUCAAACUGUGGACUGUGGUGAGGAGGAAUGAGAGCAUGGCUCAUGCGCUGCAAGCUAAACUGAAGGAGCCACAGACUGAUGAGAACAAGAGAGGACCACGACCACAGGACCUCAUACGACUCUAUGACAUCAUCCUGCAGAGUCUUGCUGAGCUGUCAUCACUGCAGGGUCUAGAGGAGGACCACACCUUCCAGAAAGAAGUAGCACUCAAGACACUGGUCUACAAAGCUUACAGGUGUUUCUAUAUAGCUCAGUCCUAUGUUCUGGUGAAGAAAUGGAGUGAAGCUCUGGUUCUGUAUGAAAGGGUUCUGAAAUAUACGAGAGAGGUCCAGUCCAAAGCCAAGAGCUUCAAUAACAGCCUUAAGGAUCUUCCUGAUGUCCAGGAGCUGAUUGCUGAGGUCAGUGCUGAAAAGUACUCCCUCCAAGCUGCAGCCAUCUUAGACACAGAGGAUGUUGCUGAGGUGCCCCCACAGCAGCAGAUUAAAGACACUACGCCUCUGUCUGAUCGUUUGGAUCAUUUCCGGCUAGACCCCACCCUCUUGAGCAAGCAGCCCAAUCUGGUGCAGUUCCCUCCAGAUUUCCAGCCAAUUCCAUGCAAGCCUCUCUUCUUUGACCUGGCUCUCAACCAUGUGGCUUUUCCACCUCUUGAUGAUAAGGUGGAGCAGAAGGGCAAGGGUGGCAUCACUGGCUACUUUAGAGGCUUCUUUGGCUUUGGAAGCUAAAUCUGGCCCGUUUGGCUGUAUUUGAAGUCAUCUGAAUAUAAAUAUCUCAUCAAGACCAAGAGUUAUGGAUCCUUACACAGUCAAACCAUUUCCCCAAAACAUGCCAUAAUUGGUUUAAGAGGUGUAAGUGCAGCCUGUUUGGUAGUAAAUUCAUACUGACUUUUUUUUGGGGUUAUAUAAAUUCUGCCAAGUAUAUUAAUCAGUGGUAAUGCUUCGUGCCUCUACACCCUCUAUCAUCCAGAGUUUGUUUAGUCUAUCUUUAUUUGAUUUGAUUUUUUUUUUUUUACUUAGAUGCCUUUGUUUGCCUAGAUCUCAGUCUGCCUAGCACAUUACAAAAGUGGGCUUAUUGUUUCACUGAAGAAGUCUAUACUUAACACCGCUGAGGAUCUCAAAUAUUUGUUCCAACUGUGGGCUUUAGUGGUCAAUCAUUCAUGUCAGUCAUUAUGAUGACAUGAUGAACUCAAUGUUUAUUCUAUUAGAGGAUGUUACAGUCACUUGAACAAUCAACUGUGACAGAACACAGGAAUUACCCUCAUCAUUAACCUGUCUGAUGUAUAGAUAAGGACUAUAGGAUAUAUCAUCUGUAAUGUACCUUAGAAAUAUAAACUGGCAUAAUUUUGUUUACAAAUCAUGACUUAUAUUUUAAACUAUCAUCUUAAUACAAAGCCAUAAAGAGGAAGCAAGCGAUUUGCUAGUGUUUUAUUUGUGAUUGUUUCCUACUAUAAUUUGCUAUCUUUUGUUCUAAAGAUUCCCUUGUUCUAACUAAUUGCUUUCAACUUGCAGAUGAGUUUUUGCUAAUUUUUUCAUUUUUUUUUUUUUUCAUUCCUUUUGUCAGUUUUGUGAGCAAAUGUUGGUGAGAAUUUAUUUAAUCUUCAACAAACACCAUGAUGAUGAUCCUAAAA